GUUUUCGGAACACUGUGCAACGAAAGAAUCCUGUCACAAGGAGAUUUAAAAACAUGACCCGACCGGAUGAUUUCUGAGCCUUCAAUCUCCAUGAUGACAGUUCAGUAGCAGUUUCCCAUGAUACAAAUACAGAGGCUCCUUUUCCGACAUCAUUUCCUGCCCUGCUGCCUCAUUCGGCAAGCCAGUGUCAUCGCUCGCCGAAAAUAUGAUGUGGUCGUUGUGGGCGGUGGCCACGCUGGGACAGAGGCGGCAGCCGCAGCGACGAGGAUCGGAGCCGAGACGCUGCUCAUCACACAGAAAAUACAAACCAUCGGGGCGCUUUCGUGCAACCCAUCACUGGGAGGAGUGGGUAAAGGGCAGCUGGUGAAGGAGGUGGACGCUCUGGAUGGCCUGAUGGGUCGAGCAGGAGACCACGCCGGAGUUCACUUCACCAUCCUCAAUCGUAGUAAAGGGCCUGCAGUGUGGGGCCCGAGGGCCCAGCUUGACCGCGUCCGGUACAGAGAAUUCAUACAGUCAGAGUUGUUGAACAUGCCCAGACUGACUGUGAUCGAGGGAUCAGUGGAGGAUCUGAUACUGUCCCCCGCUGAUCCAGAAAAGCCCGGGAAGCACAGAGUGAGCGGAGUUCGAAUGGCUGGUGGAGGCGGUGAAGUCCGUUCCAGUUCGGUCGUCAUCACCACCGGCACUUUCCUCUCCGGCUCCCUCUUCAUGGGCAGGACCACGUCUCCGGGAGGAAGGAUGGGUGAAGCGCCGUCCUGCGCUGGCCUCUCGCACACUCUGAGAGAAGUGCUGGGGUUAAAACUCGGCCGGCUGAGGACAGGAACUCCGCCUCGGAUUCUUAAAGACACGGUCGAUUUCUCGCUGGCCGAGCUUCGCCUUCCUGACCGGCAGCCAACGCCGUUCAGUUUCGUCAACAAACACACCUACUGCAAGCCUGAAGAGCAGCUGCCCUGUCACCUCACCUUCACCACACCCGGGGUGGAGCAAGUGGUUCAAGAGAGUCUAGACGUGAACUCGCACAUACAGCAGGACACCAAAGGACCCAGGUACUGUCCAUCUAUAGAGUCCAGGGUGUCGCGCUUCCCAGGACGCCAGCACCAGGUGUGGCUGGAGCCGGAGGGUUUGACCUCUGACCUGGUGUACCCCCAGGGUCUGUCCAUGACGAUGCCCCCGGAUGUGCAGCUCCGCCUCCUGCGGGAGAUUCCUCCACUGCGGCGGGUGGAGAUUCAUACACCAGGUUACGGGGUGCAGUACGACUUUGUGUGCCCCAUGCAGCUCUUCCCUUGGCUGCAGGUGAAGAGCGUUCAGGGACUCUUCCUGGCCGGUCAGAUUAACGGCACCACCGGCUACGAGGAGGCAGCAGCACAGGGCCUGUGGGCGGGAGUCAAUGCAGGGAGGACGGCCCGCUCUCUCCCCCCGGUGUCUCUGUCCCGCACUGAGAGCUACAUCGGGGUUCUGAUCGAUGACCUGGUGAGUCGCGGGGUGACCGAACCCUACCGCAUGUUCACCAGCCGCGCCGAGUUCAGAACCUCGCUCAGACCGGAUAACGCUGACCUCCGACUCACACCCAGAGGGUUUGAGGAGGUGGGUUGUGUAUCCUCGCGUCGCUACGAUGAGGCUGUUAGAGUGAGCGGCCGUCUGACCGAUGCUCUCGCAGCCCUGCGGUCACUCUCGCUCUCGUGCGUCCGGUGGACGGAGAAACUGGGAGACGUUGGGAUCAGCCAGGCUAAAAGCACGCUCAUCAGUGGAGAAGAGAUGCUGCAGUAUAAAGACGUGACGUUUGAGAUGCUGGCUGCUGCUUUCCCUCACAUCCUCUCUCCAUAUCUAGAAUUCUCACCACGGAUCAAAAUUGAAGCGGUGUAUCGUCCACACUGUGAGAUCCAGAAAAGAGAAAUGGAGAGGAUGAGAGAGGAGGAAAGUCUGUCUCUACCACAGGAUAUAGACUACCUCUCACUUCCUGUCUCUCUGUCGGACGAGGUGAGAGAGGUACUGGACCGAGCUCGGCCCGACACGCUUGGAGCGGCUACACGUCUGCCGGGCGUCACUCCAGCCGCCAUCGUCCACCUGCUCAACUACGUCAGCAAAACGGAGCGCAAAAAGACUCAGAAAGCAUAAAAAGCUUUAAACCCAAUGCACACAAACGGGACAUGAACCUGAUUAACCACAGACACGGAGACUCUGGUACUCUGGUGUUGCUGGUUACAGCGAGGCUGCACAAUAGAACUAAAAGUUCUCAGUGAGGUAGAAGAACAAGAGUUCAUUUAAUCCUGCUUUACUCCACAUCCAGUUCAUCUGCACCUCCGGAGAAAAACCCAAACGGGAACUUCCAUUCAGGACGGGGCUCAGCCCUGGGGGGUUCUGGGUAAAUGCUGGUAUCGGAGAAAAUCACCUCAGUGGUGAGAGGGAGAGCAGAAAUGAUGGGACACUAGAACAACAAGACAAAGUGGAUCAGCUCAAAAAGUUUUGGACAAUUUCAGCUAUUUUAUUUUACAUUUAUUUGAAUGACAUCAUGUAGCUAAACUAGUGAUGGUGGUCUUUAUUUGAAAACGGACACAAAUAAAUGUCUGGUCAAAGCUGGUUGUAUAAAAAAUUGAUUUUAUUUAACAGUAAACAAUUAAAAUAUAAAUUGAGAUCCAAUCUGCCAACGAAAAAAGGUGCAACACCAACAGUAUAAAACAAUUUCAGAAAAGUUGGGACAGGAUGUACAAUGCAAAUAAAAAACAAGACAUUUAAAA